UGAACAAAUCAAAGGCACCGGUGGUGAGGAUGGGGUUAAAAGGUCGUGAAUCCGGCCCUGCUGGUAGGGUGAAAGCAGCAGUAAGUCAGCAGACCACAGGCACUGGACCGAAGGCCCCCUCCUCAGCUGCUGCCCAAAAGGCCAAGAACGUCACAGCAAAGACCCACGGCGCCAACGACGGAGCCAAAACAGAACCUUUGAGUAACCGUGCCUCUCCACAGGACCACAGCAGCACCGCUUCUCUGCUGCCAGUGUGGAAAAACCAAAGCACAACAGAGUCUAGGUCCAAACUCCCCAAAAGGUCUCAGUCAGAUUCUGAUGGAAAAUCCCAGGACAAAGCAUCAACAGGGUCUCACUUUUCACAGAAACAACUCAGAUUUAAAGAAGCUGCCAAACUGCAAACCCCAGCUGGUGGCAAAACAGAUCCUGAUGGAGCCAAAACCCAGAGAUCUGGGUCAGGUAUCCUCUCUCCCACUAAAUCCCCCAAGAUGACUGAUGUGAAGCUUGUUCACAGAAAACUGGACCAGAACUUUGAGUCUGCAAACCUCUCAACCUGCAAGGAGGAGGAGCCUGAGAAGAGAGGGGUAAAAACCUCCCCGUCAGGAGAGGAAAAGGGUAAAGAUGCCAGAAAACAGCAGGAAAGCACCGCCUCCUCGGCUUCUAAAAGCCGCCUGCCGGUGUCCUCCCCAGUAAAACGGGAGGGGGACGAUGUCAUUCAGAGAAGCGGGUUCAAUCUGAGAACAUUCUCUGGACCAACAGACCCUGGCAGAGAAACCCGGACUCAGAGCCCGGACCCCAUUGAGCCUGAAACAGCGCCCCCGCCCCCUGAAAGCCCAAAGACAGGAACAGGAGGUGUGUCUUUGACCAAAGCCUCUAAACAGCUCCCCAGGAGAAGCGUCAGCCACAAAGACGCCGACUCUCCCACCAGCUGUGAUCCGCUGUCACCUGGAACGGAGAAAAGCACAGUUUUAAGGUUCCCCAAGCAGAACGACAACCUGAAACAGCCUCCCAAGCGGCCUGUGAAGGACCCGGCUGAGGCCUCAUCUGGGUCCCUGCGUCAAACCAGAGGCCCGAGGAGUCCCACUAAGGUCACACUCAGGAACUCCCAGCACCCUGCCAAACUGGAGCAUUCAGACUCACUGAUGGGCUCUGCUCCAAAGACCAAACACUUCACCACAAAAGAUCACACCGAUGGGAAAACAAGUGAUGUGACGUCUAAAUUCAAGCUGGCAGAAGAGUGGGCAGCACUGACGGGGGAUCAGACCGAGACGACUGCAGACAAGCUGAUGGACGGGGAGACGAGGGUGCUGGAGGCCAGUCUGAACCCUGACGCUGGGGACAUUCCAUUACUAAAAGACCGGAAUGCAACGUUAGCUGAGGAACGACCAAUGAGGGUCACAGAAAAACCUUCAUUUCAACCUGCAGCCUCUGAGGCAGGAGGAAAGCAGGACGUCAAACAAGACCAGGCUGAAGCUCCGCAGCAACAUGUGUCUCGCUCUCAGAGUAUGAACACAAAACAGGAGCUGGAAACAAAGUCAUCAUGGAGCGCCGCCACAACACUGACAGACUCUGAUGUUUUUGGGAGGCAAACGCAAAGCUGUGAUCCUCAGUCAGCCCGCGAGAAGGAGGAUAAGCCUGCAUCUCUGGACGGGAACACCACUCUGAUUCAUGAAGAUGCAACUGAAAUGACAUCCAAGCCUGUGGUAGGAGGCAGUGUUUACCGUGAACAGCUGACCCAGACUCACAUGGAAGCUUUUACAGCUGGACCUGACUCUUUCACAGAGCUAAUGCAGGUCAGGUCGACGGCAGGAACCGAAACAGAGUCCUUCAACGAUGAGUCCGGACCUACUGAUGCAAAGGCAGUUUCACCAGACCCAGCCACAGAGGAAACUGACAAAACCUUACAGAUGCUAAAGCUGGGUCCAGGAAACAGUUCUGAGGCAGAGGAGGAGACGGAAUGGAAGGAUGACAGGAAAGUAUCUGAAGACCAAACAGAGACUCCGGCUGUUUGGGAAAUGCCCGGUUAUGCUGAAAAGCAGUCAGACAAGGAGGUUCUGACCCAAAUAGCACAUCCAGGAUGGAAGGAGAAAGACCCAAAACCAAAGGAGACGCCGAAUCACUCUGCUGCAGAAACAAGGGAGUCACAGAAGGUUACAGAGGAAUUCAGAGAAACCCCUGAUGAAGGUAAACUGAAGAACAGCAUUACAAACUCAUGGAGACCGAAACAUCCAGUCCCAGAGGAGAAGGGUGAAGCAAAUGAGGAACCACGGUCUGUUGGUGUAAAUGUCGUGCAGGACAUGAGAGCAGAGACAGAAGAAGAAGGUCCCACCUGUAUGGCUGAGGCCAAAGAGCAAGGGCUUUUACAGAACAAUGGUGGGGAAAACAGCCCCGCAGCUCUGCAGCAGGUGGAGGCAACCGCCAAACAACUACUGACUAAAGGGGCGGAGCUCAAAGACGGUGUGUCCUCCAAACACAUUGAUGACGUAAAGAGAAAAGCAGCUCAAGAAAAAACAUCCAUCAGUUCUGAAACAUCUGAUGCUAAACCUAAAGACGGCAGCAACAGGAUAGAAAACAACCUGACUCCUGAAGAUGGAGAGACGGAAUAUAAGAGAACAGGAGGAAAGGCAAAAACAGCAAAAGAGUCCAAAAGCCAGAAUGUUCACAGAAAACAGAAGCAAGACACGGUCGAAGGGAAAGAACGACAAAAGCAUUCCGACGAUAACAAAGACGACACAGACAUGUCUAAAUCCUCAACUAACAGUUUGGUCUGUGAGGCAGAAACUGUCAAAGUGGAACAGAUACCGGCAGAAUCUAAAGAUGCCAUAAACCCAGACAGGCCUUCACUGCAGGAUCCAGAGUUCAUAAGACCCGAAGAAGAGAAGAAAUCACCACACAGAAAUCUGGAUUUAGAUCAGAAACAAAUCAUUUUGAGCAGAAACACUGAAGCCAUUGAGUCUUCAAAGAGUUUGAUGGAGGAAACCAGGGUUUCUGAAAAUGAGUAUUACAAGGUUCAGAUAUUAACCACCAUUGCUGCUGCUGCUGACCAAGACCAGGACGGCACAGAGAAAAGCAAACCCACUGAAGUCAGACCAAAUCCUGGCAUGAACAGGAUGUCAGAGACAGAGGAGAUCCAGGAUUUAGAGCCAGGAACUGAAAGCCAAAGUCAAUGGCCAAACGGAGAGACUGUUAGUGAAGCUCUGCAGGACCGAAGGGCCCAAACGACCCGCAAACAUUCAAGCCACCAAUCAAAAGAAGAUCUGCAGGUUCCAGAGAAGACCCCUGAAGGGGGGACAGCAGAAGAACUUCACGGCCCUGACUCUGGGAGGUCUCAUACCAAUGUCAGUGAUUCAUCAUUAAAGACAUUAGAGAAUGAAACACACAGGAAUUCCCUCUGCAACCAACACAACACAACCUCCACGACUGUUGGACAACAAGGCGUGGAGCUUAAGAAGCCAGAAUGUGCAUUUAUGAACUCUGGUCUAGAACAGGAACCUGAGGCAGAGGAGUUAGAGGCACCAGAAGACGAAGGACACAGCCAAAGUCUGCAUCUGCAAAUAGAAAGAACCGAAGAGGAAAACGGUGAAAAUACAAAAGAAUCCGCAGAAAAUGGUGUGAGAUCAGCUGCUAAACCAACUUCUGAUCGUCUACUGGAUCAAACACCUACAAGUGUUGGAGAUCAAAAUAUAGAGAACAUUCAAAAAGAUCUAGAAACACUCGAACAAUCAGAAAAUGUAAACCUUCGAUCACAACAGGAAUCAGACACAGUCAGAGCUGAAGGUCACGGUGGAACAAUGAAAGAACCCAACAUAGAUGCAACUCCUGAAACGGUCAGAGUUCCCCCUGAAGAUACCAAGGACCACGCUCAAGCCGAGAGAUCAAAGAGUUCAGAAGAGGGAGGGGCUACAGGGGCUGCAGUUGACCUUAGCAGUCAACAGGUUGAAACGUCAAAUGUUGCACGGCAAGAGGAAGUACCAGAACCAGAACAAAGAUCCAAUCAUAUACAUACUCCUUUAGAACUGAGAUCCGAGACGGAGAAAACAGAGACACAAGAAAACACAACAGGAUCACAAACUCAAAGGAUUAUUGAUACGAAAAGCAGGAGUGAGAGUCCUGAAUCAGAGAAAGAGAAGGAUGGAAACCAAAAUGUUGCUGAAAGCUUCAUCCAUGUCCCACCAAUGGUAGAUUCUCAAAUAUGCACAACUGGGGGGGAAUGGCAUGAAGAAACGGCAAAUUACAGAGAAGAAGGAGCAGCAACGUCACACCCUCCAGUUCAUCACAUGGAGCGUUACUCAGAGGUCACACUUGAAGUUAAAGUUCAAGAUCAAACAGUUGGAGGACACAGCUCAGAUACGACUCACGCUUCUGACUCGGAAUGCACCGAAACCAUCAGAGAAGACACUGAGGUCAUAUCGUCACUGGAGACCAAACCAUGCAAAGAACCCAGAGUUUUAGGGAAGGAUUUAGGGAAAAUUAAGUCUACGACCACGACGACAGAAGUGAUGCUGGAUGAAAGCAAGAGCGCAGUUCAAGAAGACGCUCUGUAUCCGAUUGAAACAAAAACGACAGCAGUAAAGAGUUUGGUGUCUGUGGAUAGGGUCAAUAUUCCUCUGCAAGAUCAGUUACCAAAAAAUGUUACUAACCUAGAGUCAGCCCUAGCAAAGGAAGGCGGACUGACCGAAGCGGAAACUUCAAACACUCCAUCAGAACAAGAACUGGAAACAGUGGAAGAAGAUGAGCCUGAGUCACAGAGCACCACUGCUGAAGACGCCAACAUAAGGAAUGAAGGGGAAAGUUUCCCUCUGGAGAGUGUGAUGACAGACAUAUCAGGUGCUGCACAGAAGAUUCCUGUUGAACGAGAGGUUGAGAUGGUGGAAUCAGUGCAGACACUAGAAUGUUUGAAUGAUCAAAACCUGAGAGUGGAGACAAGAGAAGGGUUAGAAGAUCCAGCAAAGAUCCAAGUCCAAGAACAUGUAGAUGGAAGGAGCAGCAGUGACACAAGCAAAACAAGCAAAAGCCAGGGCAGAGCGACAGAGUCUGAACAUCCAGACCACCAAACGGAGCAAAGCUCUGAGACUCUGGGAAUUGAAGGGAAAGAGACAAUAUGUGGGGAAGACGAGCACUUUUCAGUAAGGACGCUCUCUGAAGAUACCAAAGGAAGCAUUGAUGUCCAACACAAGAGCUCAGCAAGUGAGACGGCGGACUCUGCUGGAGGCAUCGGUGCACAACAGGUCCAGGAGAUCCCGACUGCUGAUCAGCACCGCGGGGAGACGGUGGAAUGUGUUUUACUCGAGAAAGCUGAAAGUGAGCCUCCAAUAGAAUGGACUGUUGCAGAGGAAGGGGUUGAAAUGAAAACGUUAGAAAAAGACUCUGAAGCUCCUGAUGCCGAACGAGAACUGAAGAUUCCAACACAAGAAGCUCAAGAAAAAAAAGGCGGUGACUCUGAUUUAGCUCCAGGUAGUAAAGCUGACACUGACCUGGAACAGAACGUCCUGAAUGAAAAGGCGUUUGAACUUGUUAGAAAAGUGAUAAGUGCUGCUAGUCAGCAGCUGACGGCGUUAGCAGCUGAUGCCAAACAAACACAAACCUUGGAAAAAAGUGUGUCCAAUAAAGUAGACGGUGGAGACCAACAGGGACAGUCCACAGCUGUUUCUGCUAAGCUAACCCUUAAGUCCAGUCCUCAGAAUAAUGAGGACAGUAAAGAAGAGUCUGCUGCAGGCACUUCUGGGGAUUUGAACCUCCAGACUCUGGAAAAAACCCCACCAAGACUGAUGUUUCAGGAGCUUUUGUCUGCUUCAAAUGAAUUAUUUUCAGUCCCUCAAAGUCUCGAGCGAAACGCUGGAUCUCCAUCCUCCUGGUUAGAUGUGGAGCAUGGCGGUCAACAGAAGAAGGAACACAAACGAGAGCUACACUCGUCAACAAGCUUGGAUGAAUCUCUCAAGCCGGAUGAUAUUAAUGAUUUCAUAAGGAAUAUCAAGGCCGGGGGAAUCCCCUUUUCCUUACCCCGAAAGAAGCCAGUUCUUAAAAAACCACCAUCACCACAUUUUGCUUUGCCGCCCAUCAAAGAGGACCAUUAUGAGCAAACCUUUGAUCCACUGGAGUUUAAGUUUGGCUUAGGAAAAACAGGUAGGACUGUAACAGAUCUUUCACCGGCCAUGUUCAUUAAACACAAAGCAGAACACAGGGAGAGCCAAAGCGAUGCCACAGCAGCACAGCCGGCAAAUGCCUCCUCUGGGGGGGAAGAACAACAUCUACAGAAAGAAGAAAAACAAGCCGAAGCAGGAAAAAAAGAGGGGCAAAACAAUGAGCCCGGGAAGGCCAAAUCAAGACUGGAGAGCAUCUCCAUCCUUUCCAACCUACUGACCUCCCCUCGGACUCCUAGGAAGACUAGGGAGGAGGUUUCUUCCAGCAGCACGCUGUCUUCAGACAGGCAUAGCGGAGGCAAUGACGUACCUCUGCCCACCGUCACUCCCGAUACAGGCACUGAGACCAGAACCCAUCAAGGCCAGGCCCCAGUCCAUGGGGCUGAAUCCUCACAUAGCCUCUCUCCUCCUCUAGCUGCUUCCCCAGAGAUGGUUUUGUCAGAGCAUUCAAAGGAGGACCCUAAGAGGAAUAACUGGGAAGUCCAGACCCCCCAAGCCUCUGCACAAACAACCCAAAGGAACCAGAACCUCUCAUCUGUGGAUCCGUUCUUAAAGUCAGGCAUUGACGCCUCCAGCGGGGCCUUGAAGAGCUCAGCAGGACUGACUUCACCGACAGAAAACACAGAGAAGACCUUCAGAAAUAAAGGUUCUGUUACUAAACCCAAGGUUCCUGCAGUGAGAAACUUCCACAGAAGACCUGGAAAGCUCGUCAUACAUGAACACGCCCAGUUUGGCGGAGAGGCUUUUGAGGUCUUUGCAGACGUCGAAGACGCUACAACCAUGAAGUUGUCGGCAGUCAUCUCAGUCAAAGUGGUCAGAGGAUGCUGGCUUCUCUAUGAGAAACCUGGCUUCCAGGGUGGGAUCAUUCCCCUUGAGGAAGGCGCGAUGGAUCAAAUAGAGAACAUGUGGACGGAGGAGGAAACUCUGGAACCAAACCAGACGGAUCACCCGGCUCCAGCGUCACCUAUGGUCAUAGGGUCACUGCGACUGGCUGUCAGAGAUUACAGCAUUCCUCGGAUUGACCUGUUUUCAGAAGUGAAUGGGAUGGGGAGGGUGUCCUCCUACUGCGAAGACACGGCUGAGCUCAGCUCCUAUGGCCUCCCUCAGACCACGGGCUCCAUCAAGAUCCACUCUGGAGUCUGGUUGGUGUACAUUGAUCCAGGGUUUCAGGGCUUCAUGCAGGUCCUGGAGGUGGGGGAGUACCCCGUUCCUCAGAGCUGGGGCUUCCCCGAGCCGUUCAUUGGUUCCCUGAGGCCUCUGCGGAUGGGGCCGAUAAAGGUGGAGGGUCCCGCUGAUGUCAAGGCGCUGGUGUUUGAGAAGCCCCACUUUGAAGGGACAUGCUUGGAAGUAGACUGUGACGUCUACAACCUACUGGAGCAAGACGAGGAGGAGGAGGAAGCAGACAAAGCUGGAGUGAAGAAGACAUCCUUGUCUGGAGUGGGGUCUUUAAAGAUACUCCGGGGUCUCUGGGUGGGAUACCUGGAAGCAGACUUUGAAGGUCAGCAGUACAUCCUGGAGGAAGGGGAGUAUUCUGACUGCAGGGACUGGGGAGGGUCAGAGGAGGGGCUUCUGUCACUGCGACCUGUGCUGGCUGGUUUCCAGGCCCCCCACGUUGAGUUGUUCAGUGACAGUGUCAACUUUGGUGGGAGGGGACACAAGGUGGACUUGGUGGGUCCUGUCCUGAACAUGGAGGCGAAUGGACACAGCACCAGAACCCAGUCCAUCAACGUCACCAGCGGAGUCUGGGUGGCCUUCGAGCAGCCCGGCUUCAGCGGGGAGCUGUACGUCCUGGAGAAAGGCCUGUAUGCCUGUCCCGAGGACUGGGGGGCGGAGAACGGCCGGAUCUCCUCCAUUCUGCCCGUCUUUCAUGACAUGCUGUGUGGAUCAUCAAAGUUCAAGGUCCAGCUGUUCUCUGAAGAGGACUUUCGGGGACGAGAGCUGACUCUGGAGGACAGCGCUGCUGCGCUGGACGAAGACUUCACCCCCCGGUCCUGUAAGGUCCUGCUGGGCAGCUGGGUGGCAUACGAGGGAAGCCAGUUUACAGAGAACAUGUAUGUUCUGGAUGAGGGGGAGUACCCCAACACGGACGCCAUGGGGCUCCUCCUACCAGACUCCAAGCUCAGAUCCAUUCAGACGGCUGGAAACGAGCUGUCUCUGCCCUCCAUCACCCUGUUCAGCAAAGGUGGCUGCCGAGGUCGCAGAAUGAUGCUGACAGGCGGCGCCGUCAACCUGCAGAGGGAAGGCAUGGAUCUGCACAUACGCUCCGUGGUGGUCGGGGGGGGCAUGUGGGUGCUGUACGAAGGCAUCAACUUCAGAGGUCAACAGCGGCUUCUGCGGCCAGGUGAAGCCAGAGACCUGUUCGUGGUUACGGGCUGGGAGCAAAUCGGAUCCCUUCGUCCCUUAAUGCAGCCUCGGGUGUACUUCUGUCUGCGAAACGGAGCGACGGGAUGUCUGAUGACCCUAAACGGAGAGGUGGACGACAUCAAGCUGAUGAGAGUUCAGGCCGUGGAGGACACGGGAGGAGCAGAGCAGGUCUGGCUCUAUCAGGAUGGCCACGUGUCACCAAAGGUGGCAGAGGAUUUGUUCCUGGGCACAGCGGGCGGCGUGGUGAUGGCCGGAGCCCGGCUUUGUCUUUCCCCCGAGCGAGGCAAAGAUAACAUGCUGUGGAGCAUCACCCAAGAAGGGCUGGUGCAUUGUCACCUCAACCCUCAGCUGGUCCUGGAGGUCAAAGGUGGGAAUCAGUACGACAAGAACCAGGUCAUUCUCAACAGUUUCAGUGAAAGCAAACGGAACCAGAAGUGGACUCUGGAGAUCCUGUGACGCCAGCGAGUCUCGGGAGCAGCGCCGCAGUCGUCCUUGACGACUGUCCGUCUCUGUGAUGAGAACAAGAUGCUGUCGGGCUCAGAGCGAAGUCCACAACCUGGACGGUCCACCUUCAGGCCCGUCCACCUCAAAGCCGUCUGUCAGGUCGCUGGAGCGUACCAUCGGGCGAAGGCGGGGUUCACCCUGGGCACUCCAUCGCUGGGUUAGAGCAUUUUGAGGCCUUUAAAGCAUUUUUUCUCUUGUAGACCAUCAUUUUUUUAAAUCACACCAACCUUUUUUUUUUACUGUGUGCAGCAAAAACUGUUGAAAAGUCACUCUUCUGUUUCCUUUCUGGUACUUCUGUUUCUGUGGUUUUGGUCUGUUUACUCAGAUAUGAAGCUCUCAAAGACCAAAGAACACACCGUCUGUGCCUGUGAACACUCCAAAGACGUUUUAGAUAAAACUUCAGUCCAGUUUUAGAUCUAUUUUUGUAAAGGUUUCAUGUCCGUGUCCUUCAGGAUUGUUGCGUUCUGCUGUGAAGGCUCAGAAACGGUUGUGUCUCUGCUGCCGAUUGUAAAUAUCUCACAUUAAAGCGACUUGGAAUAGAA